CUCGCAAACCUUUUCUAUAGGCUCCGCUCAUAAAUACUCAUGAACCUUUUUAGUCGCUGUACAUCAUGCCGCAAUGUUUGGUAGCCUAUCAAAGCACACCCGACGGCUGCGUUGUUAUGGUGCCACGAUAACACGGUCACACGUCAGGCAGCAUCACAGUCAACAUUGUAAUAGAGACGACCCCUCCGAGCCUGAAAAACUAUAGCUACUGCCCCCAGAGUGUUUUUCACCUUCUACGAAAGCAUCUGAAAACAGACAUAUUCAACCCUAUCUAAUGAGAUGUCGCAAACAUUUUCCCAUGUACUUCUAGGCAUUUUCGGGAGGGUUGGUGAAGUCGAGGAAAACCCUCCUUCUUCACGGAGAAGAAAAGUGCGUCCGUCCUAGAUAUCGAUUCCAUUAAAUUCUUGAUCUUCUCAUAGGCCAUAAUCACUGAGCUGGUUGAUCACAAAAUGAUUUAGGCUUCCGUCAUGUUGCCAGCGACAUCUCGAUCUGCUCGCCACUUCGUUCUUCCAACUCGUGGUCUUUACCUGGUCAUAGAAGAUGACAGCAACAUCUUAGGAGUUGAGCGUGACAAUUCCAUAGCCGGUAUUCUCCAUCAGAACUUCGGCUAGCUGAACUCUCGUCCCCCUUGGGACUGCAUUCUUGACCGAGUCAGUGAUGCGUACAGUGCAGACGCUACCGAGGAGCUUAAUCAAGGUGGUUUUACCGUAUGUCAUGACAUCUGAACUCAUGAAAAGGCCAGGUUCAUCGGCUUGCACCCUAAAAGUCCAUGCCUGGAGAGACGGGCAUGGGGUGGAAUUGGCUACAGUCCGAUCCUCUCGAGUUUCUCGCCCAACUCCACACUGGAUUGCCAAAUGAACGCUCAUCUUUGGACAGCUUGCUUGAUGGAAACUUGGAGUAUGCACACGACCGUACCUACACCCGGUCCAUGUUAUGGCCGCCAUUUUGACUCGUUCCGCGAGAUCCAAAUGAGUACAGACGUUUGGACAUGUUCUUCACCUCUUAGAGUGAGAUGACUGGCUUCAGAACUCUAAACUCGUUCGGUCAUUGUCUCAACUGGUCUAUACGCCUCUGAUAAGUCUCUCGCAUGCUUUAGUCUGUCAGCUAACUCGGCAACGUACGCGGCCAUACAAAGGCCGAGCAUAAAUCACACGUCUAAGAAGAUGCUACAUGUUUGGCAUUGCUAGUCGUCUGCCAGGUUUAUUCCUUGAGUGAGCAUGUAGAAUGACAUACAGUGGAAUGCGACAGGUUUUGCAAGAGCAGGGUUGAACUGAAUUGCACAGAUCAUAAACACCGGGACAUUAUCCUCCCCUAAGGCGAGCCGAAACCCUUGCGACCUUUUGCAAGACAUUCAUUGGCCUAGCAUGUGCAGAAUCUCGCUUGCACACUCAGCCUUAUCCGCCGGAAUGUCGCGCCCAUCCAUCAUUCGUCAUCGUCAGCAGGCAUCUCGUAUUUUAUUCGCUUUGAACGCCUCGCAAUUGCUCAGAUCCAUUUCCAACUCUCACCAUACCACAUGUCGGAAGACGUUUACGUUCCUGUGGAAAUAUGACACACUUAUACCGUCCUUCUAAAGAUCCGUGCAGAAAGAUAGCCACUUCGUCGAGAAAUAUCGGUAGCAGCGCUGGAGCCCCAAGCUUGCUUGACAGAUCCUGUGAGAACAAUGAGGGGAAGACGAUACAGGACUUAGAUCGAGAUCCCCCGAUAAGCAACUUAAACAACAGAGGUGCGCCAACUAAGGACUGCUCUCGAGUGAACGGGGUCAAUAUCCAGAAACAGCAGAAUGAACCUGUUUUCCUAGAGGAGCUGACACGGCCUCAUUCUCAAAGGUCGACUUCUCAGUCCCGAUGGAUCAGAGUGCGCUCUACGGUUGACGAAAAGACAUUACCAGUAUACGCUACCUAUGAUAGCUCUCUAAGGAAUAACUGGGUAACAACCGAAAUCGUUGCCCGUCUUCGAUUGAAAACUCGUCAGGUUGGCCUGCGAGUAACUGAAAUGCACAACGGACACGAGCUGAGAUCAACAGGCAAGACUGUCUGCCUGAUACGCCCCGCAAGCUCGACUUCUCAAGAUGCCAGAAAACAGCAUUUCCAAGUCAUCGACUCUGCUGGACUUCCCGACAAAGUCCACUUCGACGUCCUUUUCAGUUCGCGUUGACACCAACUGGUUCUCAUGGUUGCGAACUAUGGGCUCAUGCCGCAAACCGCAGAGCCAACGAGCGCAGACUGAACGCGACGCAUGACUUUGCGGGCCCUUCAAUAAUCGGAGUAGAUUUUUUUUCACAUCUAAGGUCCUUCUAGGAUGUAUUCCUUAACAAGGCAAACGCGAUUAAGGCUUCGUGUGGACUGCCACUUUCGGUCUCUUUGGUCGGUUGUGAAUGAACGACGGUCAGGUGGGAUUUGUUUGCCCCGCUUGUUUCACCAGCCCUAAUUCAUUGCCCAUGAAAGGUUUCAACGAAUAGAAUUACAAGUCUCAAAACAAACCAUUUUUCCUUCAUGCCAGGGUAAGCUGUGCAGCUGCCCAAUGUCUUUAAGCAACCUUUGCUCCGGUCGGGGCUUGACCGGUGAAGGGGUGCUCGUAUCACCCGCGAUCAGUCAUUUCGAUCUGAAUUCCUCCCAGAUACCCAGCGGCUGCCUAAAGUCGCUGUCUUAUCCUGGCAACGAACUAUUGCGAUUAGUGUGCGCAGAACACUGCUCUGAUACGAUCACGUUGCGAGCGGCGCCUAUCGGCGAUUCUGGCUAUCGCAAGACAAAGCACUAUUGUUGCGCAACCCCACGAAACAACGCCGAAGAGAAUAAAAUGGCAUGGAUAUGAGCGUAGAUGACAUUGAUGCGAGGUUAGGUCGCGCGAGGAAGUACGUCGAGGAGUUUCCGAACGAUGUUGUCGUCUUCCUUUCGGAAAAUUUCUCGGCGUCGAAGAUCGAGGCCGCUAUCAAAGCAUCCUGCGAAAGACACAAAAAACGCUUCGAUGCAAUUAUACUGCGCGAACGACCGAUAUCGAGUCCGAACAACAACUUACAGACCACCUUUGACCUUCGUCCGAGCUACGGCGCCACACAUGGCCCAGUCCCGCAAGAAUCGCAGAUCAGAUUACCAACGCCGCCGAACAGCCAAACUUCAGAAUCGACUGGGUCUGUAGGCAUGAUAUUGGCUGUUGACGAAGAUAAUCAUGAAUGGCCUCUUUAUAUCUCAAGAGCCAAUAUUCAGAACAACUGGAUACGAGCAAACAUUGUCAACGAGCGCUUGCGUCUCGGAAAGGCAGUAUGCCGUUUACCAGAGCGUGUGACUUGCGUGCAACAUGGAGCCACUCUAUCUGCUAUUGAACAAGUCGUGAUUACUUGGCGGGAACCUCAAGCUAGGCAUUCCAAUUACGAUGCGUUUUUACUCGCGGACAGCAAUCUACAAUCAGAUGUCGUGUUUGGGGAGCAAGCCUAUAAACCGACGCGGCCUGGGUCAGAUUACUCGCCCAGUCAUCACCCGAUUGCCCCAGCUGUUCAGAGACCAAUGCAUGAAUCGAUUCACCCAGCGCAAAGUAUAUAUCUUCCAAUGGACUCACAGCUUUCUGAAGGAACGAUCAGACAAAUUUAUCCACAAUAUCCUGCUCGUCCAAACAGUCAGAAUAUGAACCUCCAAGCUAGCAUCAAUCAAUGGAAUCGUCAGACGUAUUCUGCAACGCCUAUUCCAACUUCCCCAAUGGUCCAGGCUGGAGCAGACCACAAUCAACCCACAGUCUCUGCACACGCUACUUCGACCUUAGGGCAAUUUAUGAAGUUCAAAGUACAGUACGACGGCUCCUCGCUUCCCGUCGACAUUGAUCUUGGUGGAAACGGUGACGCGCUAUGCGCCAAGCUGGAAAGCAAAUUCACCAAUCUGGAUCUCGAUCGAUCUACUUUCCAGCUCCGUUUCAGUACGCGCAUGAACCACAAAGCUGCUGAUGCAAAGUUUACGGUCGUCCGUCUCGGAUGCGAAGAUUUGGAAGACGACUGGGAGGACGCUGUCGCGUGGAUCAGGGAAAGAGAAACGAGAAUCUAUGUAUCCAUUGAGCCUAUCGAGCCUGGCUGAAGUUAGGGAUGGAGCAUUUCCGUCUUAAAAAGCAAGGUCACACCGUCUGGUGUCCAGAAAUGAGCGACGCAUGAGCGAUGCCGUUCUGAGGUGCAAAUUGGCACUUUAUCAGUCCAAGGGCCUAUUAAAUUUCGAGCACGUAGCUGUUGCCACACACAGGUGCGCAGUCAUAGUUCCCUCACUCAACGCUGUUCGCUGAUGACAGUCAUUUAGGUACCUGGCUUAAGUCCAGCACUAGUCAUAGUUACUAAAAACUGAGGGGGGAUGCUUCAGUGACAACGGGAUUGUACGAUUAUCUUUUUUUUGCUGUACAGGGAAUGACAAUGCAUAUUUGUGACAAGAGCGGAUAGUUCAUCGGGACAUCGAUACAAGAAAGACGGACUUUAGAACAUGUCGAUUUUCAAAUGAUAUAUGUGUAUGAACAUGGUUAGCUUCGGGAGGGAUAUCUACUGCAGGAAACUGUUCACAUGUUUUCGAGCGUUCUCAGUUGUAUAAGUUAUUUGAACUAGGAUCAAAGACCACGCGUUCUUGAUACACAUAAUACGCAAUCACUGAUCCGAACGAAGCGGAGGCUCUAGUACCCGGCGCAUAUAAUAUUUCAAGGUAGAAAGAGAAAAUAAUUCGCG